CACGAUUCUCCGACAUGCUCGGACAAGGGAGCAAUCAGCAUGGCUUCCCGAGAUCGCGUCGAGCUCCGACUGACCUUUCCAGCGCGCCCAAGCGAGCGCAGCGAGCGCAAGCUGGGAUCAUUGCCCUCCUUGGGCUGGCUGCCGCAAGAGCUUUCCUCAGUGCGCCAUCCCAUGGGCGAGUGACCAGAUUUGCAGACCCAAAGUCUCGCCCUGCGAGCCUCUUAUACGAGGAAGAGGAGGCACACGACGAUGAAGAAAUUGAUGAUGAUAACUUUGACGAAAUAACCAUGGACGCUAUCGAUUCUUUGACUUCUUUGGAUGACGACGACGAAGAUUUUGGCCUUCGUCCCAAACGCCCCAUCAAGGCAGACGUUCACCCCAAGUUUAAGAGAGCUGGAUAUUUUGAACGGCAAGAUCUAAACCGACUGGACGUGUCCGAGUUCGAUCAACAAGGUGAGUUGCAGCGUCUCUCCAUAGAUGACCUGGAGCGAAGACUUGAAACGAGGUUUGGAGUAUCCGAAAGGGCGAAGCCUCGCCCGAGGCCCCUGACCGAACGUGCCGAACGUGCCGAACGUGUGAGCGAUGCGUCCGACUCGGAGGACUUGGACAACUACGACGAUUACGAUUUGUUUUGGAAGCCUGGCAGACGAGAGUUGAGACCAGCCAAGCCAAGUCGACCUUUGAGGCCAAGACCAAUGGAUCCAAUGGCACAGGAGGUCAUGCCAACACUGCCACAGUUGAAGGAAACACAGCAGAAUGUGAAGGGCAGACCACGUAAUAUCCAAUCCUGGCUCCUGGACAAGGAAAACACCAGAAGGAAGCAAAACAAGAAAGAGGAUUCGUCAGAAUCUAGCGACCGGAUCGGCACAUCAACAUAUCGGAAGAUGUACAAGGCUGUGAUGAGAAACUACGGACCUCUCCCAUGGAAUCGUGUAGAAGGGCUGACAAGUUGGUUGGAUCCAGCCAACAAAAGCUGGGAGGAGCUGGGUCUGAAGUCUCAGGAAGGUGAGGAGAUGUUGGAGCUCAUGAAGGAGUUGGGCGUGCUCACUCCAAACAGACUACAAGGCCUAGCAUUGCCUGACAUCAUGUCAGGCAAGGAUGUCAUGCUCACCUCUACCACUGGUUCUGGCAAAACCUUGGCCUUCUUGCUACCUUUGUUGGAGAAGUAUGUUCUUCCUUUGGCAAGAGGUGGGGUUACAAGGCCGAAGUCGAAGCUGCCGCAUCACUUGGCACCGAAGGUUUUGUCGAAGCCAAAGAUUUUGGUUGUGGCUCCAGGGCGGGAACUGUCUCGUCAGAUUUCACGUGUUGUCAAGGAUUUACUGAGCCCUUUCAGCCCAACCUUGAAUGUCACGGUUCUGGUUGGCAAAGACAACCACAAGCGACAGGAUGAGAACCUUCGAGACAGGCAACCGGUUGUGGUUGUCGGCACUCCUGGAAAGCUCAUGGACCAUGCCAUGGAAGGCCGUUUGAUACUUAACGAGCUCAAUGCCAUUGUCAUUGAUGAAGUCGACUCCCUCUUGAGCAUGUCCCGACAGGACCAUGUUGAGCUUUUACUUCAGCACUUGGGCAUCAACGACCAAGCACAGCGGAUCCUCGUCUCAGCCAGUGGGUCAAUGGAAGGUGAUGCCAUUGGCUUUGCAGAGGCAAUCUUGCGGGAUGGUUGGAAGCUGGUUGGCCCGAAACAUGGCAUGGAGCUGCCCAAACGAGUACUUCACCUAGUCAAUGGAGCACCAGACGUCAACAAGAAGUUGGGCUUCUUGAAGCGCUUGUCUACAUCAAGCCCAGAGUGCAACAUGAUGCUUGUGUUUUGCAACAACCAUGAACGAGUGAGAAAGGUUUCCGAACAAAUGAACGAGCGAAAGAUUCCAACAGAGUUCCUCACGGGCAACCGAACAAAGGAAGCCCGCGACCGGGCCAUUCGAAGCUUCGUCAAGCAUGAGGUUCAGGCUUUGGUGGCGACAGAUGCUGCAAUGCGAGGUUUGGACUUCAGGGACCUGACCCACGUGGUGAACUUUGAGUUGCCUGGGAAUGCCGCAACCUAUGCCCACCGGGCUGGCCGUUGUGGCCGAAUGGGUUAUAAUGGCAUCGUCAUAAAUCUGGCAUCUGGUGGUUACCUCAACAAGAGGCUCCGAAACUACUCUCGGCAGCUGGACUUUGAAGUCAUUGAGGCAAAUGUCAAUGAUGGAGUUCUGGGAGCCGACCUAGCCAUUGCAUACCGCCCAAAAUCGAUGGCUGUGGAUGCGAGCGAAGAAGAGUAAAAUC